UCAAAAUUUUGUGUCAUUUCGUAGUAUUAUAGUAUUUUUAUUGUUAUUGAAAACGCUCGCCCACUAAAAUGCAAGCCGCGGACAUUAUAAUAGACACACUUCUCUCCUUCAACCGACCGGUGCACGAACAGGAACUCAUCUGCGAGGUGGCCCGUCGUGGUGGGCUCAAGUACGAGGAUAUGUUCAAAUCGGCCACCUCCCUGCGAGAGGGAUUCCAUGAGCUGUGCAACUUUGGGUAUUUGCAGGAGACGGAUCCGGGCUGGUAUACCAUUAGGCCGCUGGACAUGAAGAGCCAGCCGUUGCGGGUGAAGAAAUCGGAAUUCGACUACAGGCGUAUGUGUGAGGCCUAUCUGAAGGGCAGUGCCUGCAAUCCCCAGGUGGGAAUUACGAGCCUAGUGGCUAAAGGACCUAAUAACUUGACUUCCAAUCAAUUUUACGAAUGGCACCCUGAAACCCCCUUUUUGGGCUCUUCGCUGACCAACAACCACGUCUCAUCAACUUCACCACGGACCAUUAUACGUAAACACAUAAAGUCCAACAAAACAGUAGCCAGAAGAAAUGCUUCCACAGCUGUCCGUCUCAUCAAGUACAACAAGACGAAACGAAUAGCAUACCAACCACAGCCACUAGCCGGGACAAGACGCCCAUAUAAGCCGAGAACCAAGACCAGCAGCAAAAUAGCAAUACGCCAGCUGCGUGGCAACAUUAAGGCUCCGACACAAUUGCGCCGAGGAAAACGCAUACCACAAAGCGUCGGGUCUAUCGAAAAGAUACUUCCUCAGCGUCAACAACGCCGCAAAGCCAAACUGAACAAGAAGCAAAACGGCACCGAUAACUAAUUAUUACAUCUCAACCGACCACCCAAGGACUCCGCCCGUCCACACACUCCAAGGGAAAUCCUUGUCUAUGUGAAAGCGAAAGCAGCUCAUAUACAAAUAUUCACAAAGAACUAAUACCUCCUUCAGACGAAACUGGUCAAGCAUUUGCCUGACUCUAGUUUCCUUUGCUGCUUCCUGGAUUUGUUUGCGCGAGGAAAAUUUAUUGCCUAGGCGUCCUCCGUGUGUGCUCCUCAGACGUUUUUCAUGCAGAAAUUAUGUCUGGCCCCACCACACUCCACACUCAGACGUUUUUCCUGUGCUAAGAGCUAUCUUUACUAAAAUUUCAAGUAAUAAGAUCGUUGAUAAGUGAUACAAAACACAUUAAAACAUUAAUCAAUUAAAGCAUGAAGAAAACCACUAAUAAAUUGUGUUGCCGCAAUUUGUUUAAAGGAUUAAGAUAAGGAAAAUGAUAAUUCCACGAAAUAGGUGUCCCCAAGACAGAUUUAUGAGACGUUUUCAUAAAGACACCGAUUUAUGAGUUUUUGGAGACUGUAUGUUGAUUAUAGAGCAUAUUGCCACAGAUAAUGUCAAUUUAUUUUAAGCAAAGAAAUACAUGUUUAUGAACUUAUUACAAGUAAUUAUAUAUCGGAA